ACCCAAAACCAAACUCUCACUUCACCUCACAUAUGUAUCCCGUUUCGAACCUCAUUCCAUCUCAUUCUCUCCUCCCUCUCCUCCAAAUUCCCUACGUAAACCACUCACACCCCGCGAAUUGACAGUUCGAAUCCACACAAUCCCUACAGACCUGCAUCAUCCUGUCGCCCUUGGGGUAAUACAUCUCGCAGACGGUAUAUCCAUGGAUUCUCUCUACGCAAUUCGGCCGUAGCCUAGGGUCGCUUUCGCAGAAAUGGGUUCUGCCGCAUUGUUUGUUGAAGGGGUUUGGUGGUUCCGUUUCUUGGGGAGGGAACCAUCGGUCUAUUUAUUGUGGUUGGUUUUUUUUGUUUUUCUAAGUUUUAGAAGGGCGGGAGAGUAAAAAAUGAAAUGAUGAAUAUGGAUGGAAUGGGGGUGAGGUAUGGGGUAGAUGUGGAAGUGGAAGUGGAGUAGUAGAGGUAUGGGACAGGAGUGUUUCUCUUUCUCUUUAUUCUUUUUUUGAAACAGAGGCAGAUGGGACAAUUUAUUAUUUGUUUUUAUAUUUUAAGAGAAUAUAAAUUGCAUGUAUGUGCAUGUGUAUCAGGUCCAUGUACUGUAUAUAGCAGAGUAGUGCAAAACGUACCUGGUCUACCUGGUCUGUCAGUAGUGGAAGACAGCACCCGAGGAGCCCAGAGCAGCAAGGCGAGGAAGAGGGCGAGGAUCCGUGGGAAUAAAGCGUUCCCCAUGAUGGCAGAUUCGAGAAAAAGAAUGACCGACUUAUGAGGUUGAUCGACACAUUGCGGAUCGGCACGCGCGCGUCAAGAGAAACGUCUCAGGUUCGGGCAACCAUUCAAGCCCUAGAGUGGAGUGGGAAGAUGGGACAGCAAGCGAUGAUCCUUAUCUACGGGAACAGCAGAGACACUUAUUAGCUGGGACGUUCCCCUGAUAGCUAGUGGUCUCUAGUACUUACACAAUAUCAAUUUUAACACUAUUGUUGUUGUUGUUGGUCCACAGCGUGUCGUGCGGCACGGGUGUUUGGGGCCAGACGAAAUGCUGCAUGCAGCAUCUAACGGGGGAUAUAACGUGAGGAUGACUGCUGGGCUCUCGUCUCUUACAAACCUUCUUGAGUCGAAGGUCGAAGCGGGGGGUGCGCACGCAUAGGGAAAGGAGAGGGAAAGGCGCCUGUUUUAUAUAUAACAGGCGCUUGGUUGCAGACCGGCUCGAUUUGGCGGUUGCUUGGUGUUGUGCUGUGUGUGCUGUGUGUGCUGUGUGUGCGGAACAAGCCCCUAGUCAAGCCUCCCUCCCACGCCUGCGCAAGCGUUUCUAACUAAUUUAUAGCUGCUAGGCAUAGUAUACCAUCAAUAAUAAAUGACAGAACGCCUUCCACGUUCCCAACCAACCAGCAACGACCACCUCAACCACCUCAACCACCAGCUCUCUUGGCCCUGUCACUAUCUCCAGGAUCCCCUCCUCGUUCAAGUUCAAGCGUGGUUACUCCGCGGGGAGCACACCGAAUACUGUCAUCCUGCAGAGGCGGACUGCUCUUGGUGCCCUUGGCUCUGGUGGCUGGCAUGGGCCUAACAAGCGACAGGCUAACUAAUAGCUAGGGAGCGAACUAAACUAAUCGAAGUGGAUGCCACUGCGCGGGUAACUCUAUCAAAGACCCGAGAAGAAAUACCCGAGUCAAUCAAGUACAUGGAGGAAAAAACCGGAUUUACGAAGAAACCUUAGGAAGAUGCUAGGCACGGCGGAUUUUUUACUUGAUAUUUCAUUCCUUCCCACAUAGUCAAGGAGGUUUUCGGUGCACGCCGAAAACUUGCAGCCUGUAAGAGUAGCGACCGAGGCACACGAGCCAACAGAAAGAACAGUGGGACAUGAGAAUCAGGUGCAUGUUAUCGUUAACAUGGGAAAUGGGAGGAGGGCGUGUUUGGAACCUGGAUAUGGAUAUGAACAAGCAUCGGUCGUCUCCGUUUUUGAGAAUCCAUUUUGCAUAAAAGCCGGGCGGAAUUAACAUCGCAGAGAGCAUAUAAAUGGAUACUUCGUACGCCAUAAGGGUGGUGUUCGGAUGCCAUUCAUGCCACACAGCAGUGCUUUUCACCCCAAAAACCAGGGACUCUUUUGGGUAUUUGGUUGAGUUCUGCCUACUUGGUGAGGGUGUUUGAAGCAAGGUUUAAUUAAGCAUGCUGUAUGACUCCUCAGAUGCAGAUAUGCACAAAGGAAUACCACGCGCAAAUAUUCCCGAAACCGGUCUGCAUGCUGCUUUCAUACGUGUACGGAACGACACCCCCACGUUCCCUAGCGGUGAAUAAAUGAAAACGGCCAGAUAACAAGAUGAGCAUGCAUGAUAUUUGAGGUGAGACGAAGUGCGAAGGGAGGCGAUGUUAAUAUCAUAUUUUUUCCCCUCAGCAACCCGAUAGCACAAAUGCACCUCCAUUUUCCAGCUCUACGGGGGUCAUUCUCCAGAUGGCGGAGGGUAUGGUUACUAGGCGAGUUACGAAGGGAUCACACCCACCUCCCCUAGUCCAGAUUUAUGCUGGACAAUAUUGCAAAUCACUCAACCGGGGAAUCUCUUCGAGGAAAUUGUCGAGAUGUCAAGGGGACAGACAUCUUUCGUAGAAUUUGAUAAGAAUAAUAAUGAUGUGCGCCUGACGAGGUUGAAAAGGGACAUUUAUCUCGUUUUUAUUAGCAAAUGCUAACAUAAAUUGUCAAGAGCCGUUCCUCGAUCUAGAUAUUCGACUAGGUUGGGUUUCUAUUUGAGGGAGUGCUUUGCGUGACCUCUUCCAUACUGAAACGGCUAGUUCUAUUUCUAUUUCUGCCCGCUUCACAGCUUCACCGCCUCUGUUGUGUAAGGGGAAAGGAAUACUCCCCAGAGUGCUAUCUAGAAGAUUCAAGGUUUGAUCAACCUUCUCUCCUCAGGGCAAGGUUAGGGCUGAAUGUUAGGGCUGCUCUUUAUCCAAUCUUAACGAGGCAUCGGCCAUUAACCAGUGACCACCUUCAGCAAACCUACUCUGCCUGCCAGUGAGUUCUCCAUUAGUUGGGCCUCGGCCUCUGGUAUUACCGAAUAGAGGGUGCUUCUAUUUAUUGGUGUUGGGAAUGGGAACGCUUCGUUCAGGAUGUUGAAGGGUGUUUGCACCCAGCAGAACGAGCAACAGCAGGAGCUGAGAGUCGUGAUUUCACUAUGUAUGAAGAAGGCAUAUGGUAUGUUGGCCGUCGUCCUGAGGUACCCAACAGCCUAUGUAGUAGGUAGGGAGGGUAGUAGCGAUUCUUGGAGCAAGAUGGCCCAGGCAGACAAGAGUUCUCAAAAGAUCCGUGCAGCUUUGAGCGAGCACAAUUACCCUUCUCCGAGGAACAUUCUAAUCAUACCUAGUGACAUGGAGAGAGUUGCGUGGAUAGAUUUUGAUGUUGAAAACACUUAUCCUGGCAGCACCUACAUCAGAGCCUCAGAACGUGUGUUGAAAUCAAGCUUGAAGCUGAAAGUAUUGUCAGAUUUUGGGCAGAUGCUUGUUGGUGGCCCGAAUAUUUCACCGGUUGCAUUGCCACUAACGAAUUGUAUAGGUAGAUGACUAGAAGCAGGGUCCAUCACGGAACAGAAAAACUAGGAUAAAUGGUGAUUCUGAAUGUGCACGUCUGGGCUUGAAAUACACCUAGAGAGAUAGAGAAAGAAAGGUGCGAAAGGAGUACUGUUGCUCCGAAGGUCCAGCCUGUUGCGCAUUAUAUCCCCUAAUGGGUUUCCAGCUGCCAUUCAUUAUUCACCGCCAACAUCGCGAGAUACCCACGCUACAGAAAAACAACUAGAUGACGUCCCCAGUAUCAAGACCUCCGUAUCUCAAUUGGGCUACCUAUACCGAGGCGGGGAAUAAGUACUCGAACCCUGCUCUCAAGACUCACAUGACCUCGUCACACCCUGGCGUCGCACAAUUGCUCUCAACGCAGGAUUUGCAGCGACUCAAUUCCUCCGUUGGAUCCUUCCCAUUUUUCUGUUCGCACAUGGCGAAUCCUGUAUCCCAGGACACACACCAUCCCUCAGCCAGAACAGUCGGACAGAAGGUCCUGGAGGCGCAGACGCGGCUGGCGAGCUGACCAUCUGCCAUAAGUAAUCCGUUCAGCUGAGGACCAAGUGAAUGACAUGUCCAGCGGAUUGGGUUGUUCAUUUUCCCACUUACUUGCGAAGUUGACAGGGAAUGCGAGGGCAAGUUCUACAGCCGUGUGGGUGCUGACAAGCAUGGUACUGGCAAACGCUUUAAGCGAGAAUUUCAUGAUGAGUGGAUAGUUUUUGGGUUGUGUGAUGAAAAUGGUUCAGAAUUGGAAGAAUGAAGUCCCGCGGACGAAUCUAGCUUGGUAGUUGUGGCAUUGUUAGUUUACUAAAUGGCAGAUUUAAGAGGCAUUC